GUGGCUAAAUCUCCACCAUAAAUGUAACAAGAUUCUUGUUCAUGUAAAUGUACACCUUAUUAGCGUAAAAACAACAACAAACAUCCGAAAGACGUUGCCCCUCGACUGAAGCCGGAGUUCACGGAAAGCCGCUGAAGGCAACGCAAGGGCUGUGACGUCACCGCCCUUUUCUUCCCUUCCCCGCCCCCUCCCUCCUCCUCCCGAAGCAUGAGCGAGGACAAGGGAUGCUCUCCGAACGCGAGAGUGACUGCAGCAUCUUCAGCGAAACGACGCACAGCAGCACGUCGCUCUGUUUUGCCUCGCCUGCGCGCUCCAGACGUCACGCACGCGCCGGAUCGCUCGUCUUUCACUAUUGCGCAUGCUCUGCAGCUUUUUCCCAUCUUUUUUUUUUUUUUUUUUGCUCGGAUUUGACCCGUUUCGUCGCAAUGACACGCGCGUGAUGGAAGACUGACGUGAACGCGCUCCACCAGCCUCUCCUGGAAUCUUAUUCUCUUCUCCCCUCGCCCCCUCCCUUAUCCACCUUCUCCUCCGACCCACCUUCCCUCCUCCCCCGCGCGCAGCAUCUCUCCUACGCGCGUGCGCGAGAGCCCCACACCACUUUUUUUUUUUGGUCUGUGCGGACGCGCGCGCGCUACUCUCCCAGGACUCGCCCGCGCGGCCACGCUGCGUCAAGAAGAGAAAGGGAGAGGGGGGGAAAAAGACGAAGAAGGUGGGGGGAUUUAAGCGGACCGAGGCAACAUCUGAGAGAGCGCAAACAUGAUGGCCGGCGGAGCAGUGCAGCAGAACGGCCUCUUCGUCACCCCGCACCACCACGGCCAGCAGCCUCACAUGGAGGCCGACCCGCCGGACUCGCGCAAAAGACCACUGGAGACCCCCACCGAGGCCAGCAGCACCAAACGCACCAACACGGGAGUGGCCUUCCUGCAGCCCCUUUUUGAAAGCGAAGGCAUUGUUUUCCCACACCAAGACACUGAGAGCCAUGAGGAAGGCGAGUACUUCCUGAAGGUUCUGAUCCCGAGCUAUGCGGCGGGCUCUAUCAUCGGCAAGGGCGGACAGACCAUCGUUCAGCUACAGAAGGAGACUGGAGCCACCAUCAAACUGUCCAAAUCCAAAGACUUCUAUCCCGGCACCACGGAGCGGGUAUGUCUGGUUCAGGGGACGGUGGAGGCCCUCAACGGCGUCCACGACUUCAUCGCAGAGAAAGUACGAGAGAUGCCACAGAGCAGUCAGAAGUCCGAACCAGUCAGCAUCUUACAGCCGCAGACCACUGUCAACCCUGACCGCAUCAAGCAGGCCAAGCUGAUUGUGCCCAACAGCACGGCGGGCCUGAUCAUCGGCAAGGGCGGCGCCACCGUCAAAGCCGUGAUGGAGCAGUCGGGCGCUUGGGUGCAGCUGUCGCAGAAGCCCGAAGGAAUCAACCUUCAGGAGCGCGUGGUCACCAUCAGCGGAGAGCCCGAGCAAAACCGCAAGGCGGUCGAGAUCAUCGUGCAGAAGAUCCAAGAGGACCCGCAGAGCUCGUCCUGCCUCAACAUCUCCUAUUCCAACAUCACCGGGCCAGUGGCCAACUCUAACCCCACAGGCUCGCCAUACGCCAACUCGGCCGAGGUCAUGCCGGCGGCGGCAGCGGCGGCGGCGGCUACCGCCUCCUCGCUCCUCGGUCAAGCAGGGCUGGCGGGGGUGGGCGCCUUCCCCACGACCAUGUCCAGUCUGUCGGGCAACGACCUGCUCACCAUCACGUCCGCCCUCAACACGCUGGCCAGCUACGGUUACAAUACCAACUCUCUGGGGCUGGGGCUCAACCCGGCUGCCGCCUCGGGGGUCCUCGCCGCCGUCGCCGCCAACGCCAACCCCGCGGCCGCAGCCGCCGCCAACUUGCUGGCAUCCUACGCCAGCGACGCGUCCACCAGCGCCGCCCACCAGGCGGCGGGGCUGGGCGGCUUCUCCUUGGGCUCGCUGGCAACUGCCACCGGGGCCACCAAUGGGUACCUGAGCGCCGCCUCACCCCUGAUGGCGUCCUCGCUGCUGGCCACCGAGAAGCUGGCGGAAGGCGCCAAGGAGGUCGUGGAGAUCGCCGUGCCAGAGAACCUGGUGGGCGCCAUCUUGGGCAAGGGCGGCAAGACGCUAGUGGAGUACCAGGAGCUGACCGGCGCUCGCAUCCAGAUCUCCAAGAAGGGCGAGUUCAUCCCGGGAACCCGGAACAGGAAGGUCACCAUCACGGGAUCACAGGCGGCCACCCAGGCAGCGCAGUACCUGAUCAGCCAGAGGAUCACCUAUGAGCAGGGGGUGCGUGCCACCAACCCGCAGAAGGUGGGCUAACCCACCACGCUCCCACGAAGAAUCGUGAGAGGGAAGAGGAGAGGAGAGCGAACCCCCCCCCCACCCCCUCCCCAAACCCCGACCCCUCUGCAUUGUCUUCUCAGUAUUCGCCCUUUGGAAAAAAAAGUGCUGAGAUGACAAAAAAAAAAGUGUAAAAUGUAAAUAUGUUUUAUUACUUAACGUCUUUAUGGACUUUUUAUUCCUUUUUGUUGCGUAAAUUAAGAUGUUUGUUUCGUUUGUGUACUGUGGACAUGCUGAAUGACAGGAAGUAGGGGAGGAGAGCCCCCACCCCCCCAGCCUUCCCACCCACCUCCUGCAGGGUUUUUGUUGGUUCAAUUUGCCCCUUUCCUUCCCCUGUCGCCCCCCUCGUGAGGGUUUCAUGACUGCAAAGGUGUGUAUAUGACAGAACAAACGCACCCCCAACCCCAAAUCCCUGCCCACACUUUGCCCCAAAUUUUCCGUCCCACAUUGAUGACCUCACGUAGCGAGCGAUACUGUGCUGCGCAGCGUGAUGACAUCAUUACUAUUUAUUCUUAUCCAGAGGAGGUGAAUGUAAAUCUUUUAUUUUAAUGUUUUUGGACUGAAGAUGAAUGCUAACGCCACAUAGUGUAAUAUAUGUCUUAUUUAAGCCUGGGGAGGGCGGGCGCCACCUAUGUUAGGGGUCUCCUCGUUCGCGCCCCCCUACCCCCCUCCCCACUCUUAUCUUGACCCGGCUUAUCCUCCCUGGCGCUUGCUAAACCAUAAAAUGGAGUCCCUGCUGGCUAAAAGCGCUUGGGACUAACUACUGAAAAACAGGCGGCGAGGGUGGCAGAGGUUACUGGCGUGUUCGUUUUGUGUGUUCUUUUGUGCUGUUUUUUUUUUUACAGUCGGAGUACACUGAAUUGUUGUCUUAAUGCACUGUGAAGCAAGGGGACGCAACUGGACGACUUUUUUUGUAUGGCAGGGAACACUAACGAAUAUGAAAUAUCAAUUAUUGUAUAUGAAUUUUGCAUUGGAAGGAAUACUGAGAACCAGUCGUCAAUCGGCAGAGGUCCUUGGGAAAGGACGGGAUGUCAGGUGGGAGCGCCGGGAGGGGGGGCGGGGGUGGCAAACUUUUCCUUCAUCAAUAGGACAUUUCCCUGUGACGUCACACGUACCUCCGGGUGGCAAAAGACGGAGCUAAUUGAACAAAACGUUUGGAAUGAUGAUUUUUGUUCCCGAGCUUGAAUGUGUGAAAUGUCAGUUGGGGAAAAAAAAAUUGUUAGGUAAAUAACUUGGGAAAAAGAUGGAACGCUGAAAGAAAUUAAGACAUAUCACAUGAUCACUGAGGGACGAAGUAAAUGAGCGUUUACUCAUUCACUGCCAGCCAUUUUCCAAGCAGAACCAAACAAAAGAGAUUCUCUUCUUUCACCAGAUAAAACAGUUUGUUCGAGCUUUUUCCAUCUUGAGUAGAAACGCCUGUUUCGGACCAAACUGCGAUGCAAACGAGCUUUCUGUGAAAACAAAAACAAAACAAAAAAAAAAAAACAUCAAGCAGGACAGUGACUGAUCUUUUUUUUUUUUUUUUUGCCACCAACUCGUAAACGCCGUAAUAAGAUAUACAACUAAGAAACGUGCCGUGAGCGACAGUGGCUCAGCACAUCAAUGUCAGCCCUUCUGGCCAUUGUGAAGCAGAAUUCGCCAAGUGUUGAUUUGAGCGGGGUUGAGACCACCGUGGGACAGGUUAGCUUCACUUUACUGGUGAUGUGUUCGUGGCUUUUUUUUUUGUAACAUGCAUUCUUCAUUUACUACAUAAAUAGCAUCAUCUUUUCUCACAAUCGAGACACAUUUUGUAACCUACCAAAACACAUAGUCUCAUUUAUACCAUACAUAAAGUAUGCAUAAUCCGCUUGAGCGUGUCGUGCCUCAACUUUCCCAAUUUCCAACACAUUUAUCUCCCUCAUUACCAAUGUGACGAGCAGAUAUUUUUCGGAGCUCAAGAGUUGCGUGCAUCUAAAAUCCAAAGCGAUGCAAGGCAUUACAAUGUUUUUGUCAUGACAGGGAUUCGGAUAAAUGGCACAGACAUGCUGUUUUGAUGCUAAACUGGCUAGCGCGCUAUAGGGCGGACGGUAGCGCGCAGGCUAGUCAUCACGUUAUGCUAAUUGACUCAAAGACAACACUCACCGCAUUUAUCCUGAUCAUCGAAAACUUUUGAUGGAUUAUUUUUAGCUUCCUGUUGGAAAAGGGGGGGGGGCGGCAGUUUGGAGACGACAUUUCUUACUAGUUUUUCUCAUAGUUUUAUUUCAUGUCAGAGGUAGCCACUCGCUUCUCUGCCACCCGGAAGCACCGUUGGCGCCUGUUGUUUACAAACAUUCUGAAAAGGUCUUAUUGAAGUGAAUGUAAAAAGUCAACAGAGGGGGUGCGUUGGAUUUAUUCACCCUGGUGAGCGUGCCCGAGUGGGGACUCCUCUCCUUCCUCUUCAAUAGUUUGCCUUUCAUAGGCGUCGCUAGGCCGGCAAGGCUCUCUGGUAAGGAGGCUUCUUUACUCCAUCUUUAACUCCAUCCUCACGCACCCGCCACUCCCCCAUCCCGACUACGCACCCGCCCCCACACCCCUCUACCACAUCGCACCACUGGCGGCGACCAUGAUGCAUGCCUCCUCUUCUCGUCGUCGUCUUUUUCUUCUUCUUCUGCUGCUGCUGAGGAUCUUUGAGGAGUCAAGCAGGAAGUCCCAGUUUUCUUCUUGCAGAUAUUGUCAUGGCAGCCAUGGGAUGUUCCACUGGCUUGGGUGCACCAAGUAGUAAUACGGUGAACUCCCGCAUAUUCACGGUUUAGGCAUAGGGUACUGCAGAUUUCUUUUUUCCAACCUAUUGUGAUCAUGAGCUGAUUUUGCACUCAGGCCAAAGCAAUAAAAGUAUGACUUUGGCGCCGCACUGUGGCAUCUUGGUUUCAAAGAACCUCAAAGUGAAUUGAGGAGUUUCAUUUACACACAAAUAGAGCUUUGCUGGCGUCUUGUGGCAUCUUGGUGUCAAGGAACGAUGUUGAAGUGGAUUGGGGAGUUUCAUUAACAGACAAAUAGUGCAUGGCUGCCAUCUUGGUGUCAAGAAACUGUGUUCAAGUUGAAGGUUUCAUUUCGACAAAAGGUCUUUUUCAACUUGCGGCAUUUUUAGACAAUUAUAAACCUGUUGGGGAGGGCUGAGGGUGUCAAUUGUUUGCAGAUUUUUGCGGGUUCACUGUAUCGAAGACAUUUCGGGGUGGCAAGAUCAACAUUUUAACAGGUUAGCAUGCAGCUUUGUGGACUUCCUGCGGGGGCAGUGUUGUGUUUCCACAGUGGGGAGAAAACCCUCCUCCUUGAUUUGGUGAUGAGCAGCAGAAGCGAUACGUGUUGUCUCGUCCCAACCGUUUUCCUGUUCCGAUGCUUUUUUUUUUUUUUUUUUGCGACUGAUUGUAGUUUGGUUGUUUCAUUGUUUUUGUAUCAGUGGGAAAUGCUGCUGCUAAGAUAUGGUAACUGAAAAACAAACAAACAAAAAAAAAACAUAUCAAGUGUAAGUUUAAAAGAAAAAAAAAGUCCUCAAACUUGUAAGUAGUAAAAAGCUGUGCCAAAAUUUUUUGAUUUGAUAUUGCAAACAUACAGUACUUUUUAUACCAGGAAAAAUGUGAAAAAGUGCCAAAUGAAUGAGGCGUAUUUCCUUUCUAUCAAAAAGCAAGGAAGCGCUUCAUCACUGGUAGUCUGGAUGCUCCCACAAUGCAAGAGUAGAGGGAACCAAUAAACCAUAGCGAUAGCUUAGCAUUACUAUGCUGGAAUACGGACAGAAAAAAUAAUGUGACUCCAUAGCAUUCUUUAAACCUUUUUCUAGUGAAGAUGUAUUUUGUGGGAAUAGAUGUUAACCUUUUUGCACGUGUAUAUUGCAUGAUGUCAAGUGUGGACAAAAAAAA